AUGUACAACAACAAAACGUUAAUGUACAAGCAGUACACGCCAUACUGCCCCGUUCCUGGGAAGCAUUUGACAGUGGAGUCUCGACCUUUUGACCCCGAUGCGCCUCCUCCUCCAGGCGGCAUUACGGUCAAAAACAUGCUCCUCUCAUUUGACCCCUAUCAGCGUGGUCAAAUGCGCCGCCCUGGAGAUGCUGGAACAUAUUCUCUGCCCUGGGUAGAGGGACAGCCGGCAGUCGUCACUACGCUGUCGACUGUGCUCAAGUCCGACAACCCCGGAUUCUCACCAGGUGACUUGGUCAGUGCUAUGGCAGAUGCUGGGGAAUAUGCAGCGGUGCCAGCGGAGCUUGCUGCCCAGACCCGCGUCUAUCCUCCAUUACCUCCAGGUAUAACAAUCGCGCCGUCAGCGCUCAUUGGCGCCUUGGGAGUCGCUGGCCUCUCCGCGUAUGUUAGUUUCAAUGAGUUCGUCAAAGAGCCUCGUGAGGGCAAGACCAUCUUCAUUUCUGCGGCAAGUGGUGGCGUCGGCCAGGUCGUCGGACAAAUGGCCAAAAUGCAGGGCAUGAAGGUCAUCGGGAGCACCGGCAGUCAAGACAAGGUGGACUUUGUUGUUAAUGAGCUGGGUUUCGAUGCGGCAUGGAAUUACAAGACGGAGGCGACUGGCGCUGCCCUCGACAGACUCGCUCCAGAAGGCUUAGACGUCUAUUACGACAACGUCGGCGGUGAGCAGCUGGAGACCGCCCUGACGAGGAUGAAAGACUAUGGAACCAUAGUCUCCAGCGGGAUGGUAUCUGUUUACAACUAUCCAGACGAGGAGAAAUACGGCAUACGCACCGGAAUGAAUAUAUUUUUGAAGCGACUCACCAUCCACGGGUUUGUGUGCUCUGACCCACAGCAUCUUCAAAAGUACUUGCCAACGUUUGGGCCCGAUAUGGUAACCUGGCUUGCGAGUGGGAAGAUCAAGACCAAGGAAGAGGUCAUGGUUGGCAUCGACAACGCCCCGGAGGCGAUGAUCAGGAUGUGGAAUGGCGACAAAUUUGGCAAAAUGGUUCUCAAGAUUGACACAGAUUGA